AUGGAGCUGUCAGGUGAUCCACGGAUGGAGGGACAGGAUGAAGCUGCCCCAGCUCUACUGGCCUGUGUGUCCCAAGUGAAAAGCAGCAGCUUCAGUUCUGUCCAGCAGCAGGGCUACUCCGCCACCCUCCUCCUGCGACGCAAAGACAAAAAACUGGAGCAGGUGCAGCAGAAGUGCGUUGUCACCCUCGCCCUCCUUUGCUGCUUUGCUGUGCUGAUGGUGCUGAUCUUCUCCUCCGUGGACAUCUGGGGAGACGAUGAGGACGGAAUCACGGAGGAAAACUGCAGCAGAGACUGCCGCAUCGUUCUUGUGGAGAAUAUUCCAGACGACCUCUCUCUCUCCAUGGAUGGCAGGCGUCACCUUCCUCUCUCUGUGGGUUUUCACUCACUGCUGGACCAAGCAAAGCACUCCGUGGAGGUUGUGUCAUCUGUCUGGAACUUAAACUCUUGGGAUAUGGAGCCAAAACCAAGUACAGCUAAACAGGGUCAGCUUCUGUUCCAGAGACUGCUCAGCCUGAAAUCUCGUGGGGUUAAGCUAAAGAUUGUCAGCAGCCGAACAAACGUGACUGAGCUAAAAGCCUUGGAAGCGCACAACGCAGAGGUUCAUUCCGUUAAUAUGACAGCUCUUACCAAAGGAGGACUACAUUCCUCGUUCUGGAUCGUGGAUCGGAAGCACAUUUAUAUCGGCAGUGCUGACAUGGACUGGAGGUCACUCUCCGAGAGGAAAGAACUGGGGGUGGUGGUGUACAACUGCAGCUGUCUGGCUCUGGACUUCCACAGAGUUUUUUCAUUUUACUGGCAGCUCCAUGACAGGGACUUCAUCCCCUCCAUCUGGUCCAAGAGAGUCACAGCCCUGUACGGGAGGCACGAGGCCCUGGAGCUGCAGCUCAACGCUACACUGGCCACGGCCUACGUUUCUACUUCUCCUGAACUUUUCUGUUCCAAAGAUCGCACCAGAGAUCUAGACGCCAUCCAUCAAGUCAUCCAGAGUGCAAGGACUUUUAUCUUUAUUUCUGUGACGGACUACCUCCCUCUGGUCAAGAGGAGCUUCAGAGGCACCUCGGUCACCAGGUACUGGUCGUAUAUUGAUGAGGUGAUCAGAGAAGCCGUGGUGCUCAGAGGGGUCAGAGUUCGUCUGCUCAUAAGCUUCUGGAAGAAAACCGACCCCCUCACCUUUAAUUUUGUGGCCUCCCUCAAAUCUCUGUGCUUACAGCUACAGAACUGUUCCCUGGAGGUGAAAUUUUUUAGCCACAAGGAGCAGAAGGAGGACUUUCAACUAGGACUCAACCACAACAAGUACAUGGUGACCGACAAUGCUGCCUAUCUUGGUAACCACGACUGGGUGGGCAGUGACUUUGUGAUUAAUGCAGGAGUUGGACUGGUGCUGAAGAUGAAGGAAAGUCCAAUCGAUGGAGGCGCUACGGUUCUGGAGAACCUUAAAGCGGCUUUUGAAAGAGACUGGAGGUCGCCUUAUGCUAAGAACCCACAGAAAAGCAAAGAUCAGCAGGCAAAAUACAGAAAUCUGCAAUGGUCUAAAAAUCACUGGGACAUCCCAGAGGAGAAUGACUGGAACAGGCCUUUAUGA